GAAGCACAGAUGAGAAGUUUCUACUCAGAAAUUGUAGAAUAUCGUCACCAACCCACCCCCACUCACUCUGACAAAAGCCAAGAUGAAUGAGUUGUUUGGCCCUUCCCACCUUGUAUAGCCAUUGGCUGGCUUGGUUCUAAAAAGGAUUUUAAAAAGGGGAAUAAUGUGCCUUUGCCUGGGAUCUGAGACUGUCAGGGUGCUGAAAAGCUAAACUGUGAGCUGCCACCAUGCAGGUCUCUUGGGCUGUGUGCUCUCUCUGUGUCUUAAUACAGAUUGCAUUUCAAUCUGUGGAAGGGUGGCAGAUGUUUAAAAAUGAUGCUACAGAAAUCAUUCCUGAGAUCACUGAAAAUACAGAACCACCGAUGGAGCAGACCUUCAGCAACAAUACAAUGAACCAGGCAAAGCAUGGAGGAAGACACAUACAACAAGCUCCAGACCCUAAUGAUGCUUCUGACUUCAGCUGCAGAGAGAUGCGAACCACCCGCUACAUCACAGAAGGGCCUUGCCGCAGCAUCAAGCCUGUCAAGGAACUGGUUUGCUCUGGUCAGUGUGUCCCCUCACACCUCCUCCCCAAUUCGAUCGGAAGAGGGAAGUGGUGGCGGCAGAACGCGCUGGAUUUUCGCUGCAUUCCGGCUCACACUCGCACGCAACGCAUCCAGAUGACUUGUCCCGAGGAAGAGACUCGGACUUACAAAUUCCGAGCUGUCACAUCCUGUAAAUGCAAGCGCUACACUCGCUACCACAACCAGUCUGAGCUGAAGGACUUUGGAAAGGAAACUGUCAGGCCUCAGAAGAACAAGAAGCCCCGUCUCUCCAGAGCCAGAAGCAGCAAAUCUAACCAGCAUGAGUUAGAAAAUUCAUACUAGAAGGCAGCUCUGAGAGCUACAGCCUCGCAGCUCUGGCUAUUUUACUAAACAUCAAAUGGCACUCAAAGGCCACAGCAUGAUGUUCUGACUGCAGCAGGUUCCAAUUCCUUCUGCUAAACUGGGUCAAAGUCUCACAUAGUCAAAAAUCUGCCAGAUUAUAGCAGUUAUGGUCUGAUAAGAGAACGAGAUAGACUGAGGUGGAGGUUGCAACACCUAAAUUCAGUAUGAGAGGAGAGAUAGCACUUGGAUAUUCACUUGAGAUCAUGUGCUUUGUACAAUUAGGAAGGCAGAGGAAAGCAAAGCUGUUAUGGUGGCAGUCAUGCUUUGUUACAAGCCAUUCUACUCACUUCAGGUGAGGAGAAAAACUGAGAUCUCUUUCCCACUUUUACAAGUGCCAUGACACACG